UUUUCUGGUUUUCGUCGUUGUGCUGAGGGGACACGUUUCUGAAAUCAAAUAGAACGAUAUUUAUCAGAUCCAGAGGAAAGGCGAGAUAGUGAAAAGCGUCAAUGCGGUUGAUACGUAUAGAGGCAGAGAGAUAUCAGAGAUCGAGCAAUUGAUUGACAAAGAGAUAAACAGUGAGAUAAAUGGAUGUGGAGAGAUCGUCGCUAUGCAAUUGCGUCGUGAAUUUCUUGUUGGAGGAAAACUAUCUAUUGACGGCGUUCGAGCUCCUCCACGAGCUACUUGAUGACGGCCGCGACGUCCACGCCAUCCGCCUUAAGGAGUUCUUCUCUGAUACUUCCCAGUUUCCUCCCGAUCAGAUCUCUCGCUUCAAUACCCUUCGAGUUGUAGACCCCCAGAGUUUGCUUGAAGAGAAAGAAGCAAUUGAAGAGAAACUAGCAAUUAGCGAAUAUGAGCUUCGCUUAGCUCAGGAGGACAUUACAAGGUUGAAAGCUGAACUAGAGAAGAAAACAGAUUUCCCUGUGGAUAAGUUGAAUGACCCAAAUGCAGAAAAUUUUAUAAGCCAUGGUCCAGAAUUUCAAAGGCAGAAAAGAGAUGGUUCCUAUUCUGAUUUGGGGCCUUUGAAGAAUCAUGAACGCAGAGAUCUGAACUGUGCUGUAAAAGAAUAUUUGAUUAUAGCAGGAUACCGGCUAACUGCAAUGACAUUUUAUGAAGAGGUUACCGAUCAGAACUUAGAUGUUUGGCAGGAUUCUCCUGCAUGUGUGCCAGAUGCCUUACGACAUUACUAUUAUCAGUAUCUUUCAUCCACUUCCCAGGCUGCUGAGGAAAAAAUUGCCAUGCUCAAAGAGAAAGAGUCCUUACAGAAAGCAAAUGAGGGGCUAAAUCAUGAAAAGGAGUUCUUGCUUAAGAGUAGAGAUUUAGCUGAUGGUCAAAUCAUUGCAUUAACUAAAUCCUUAGAAACACUUCAGAAGGAUAUCAAGGACAGAGAAAAGCUGGUACAAGAUUUGAAGCAGGCCUUGGAACGCCAAAGAAAAGAACUAAAUGAUUGUAGAUCUGAAAUUACUGCACUGAAAAUGCACAUUGAGGGAUCUCGUUCUGGGCGAAUUCUGGUGGCGGCUGAGGUUGACUCUGCUCAUUCCCAGUCCUUCAAGAAAUACAAGGAAGAGAUAAGAUCCUUGCAGAUGGAAAUAGAAAGAUUAAGGGCUAAAAAUGCAACAACUUGUGAUUCUGUGGAUUCUGAAUAUCCUCAUAAGGAGUCUGUGCAAACAGAAGAGAAAACUGUUGAUAUAGAUGAAGUUAAAACUAUAAUUUCUUAUCCUGCUGAUGCAACCAGAGUAUUAGACAGUGAAGAAGCUGGGUCAUUGGUUACUCAAGUAUUUGAUGAGAGUUUAAGUAAACCUGAGGAAGUUUCAAGCAUGUUGGGAAGUCCUUCAAAUGAGUAUAUUUCGUUUGAAAAUGGUGAAAGUGUCUCGAAGAAAGAUCCUGAGCCUGUAAUGGAAGAUAGUGGCUUACAUCUAAAGUUGGAAACUACCAACAGUGAAGCUGCUUCAGAGAAAAUGGGUUUAGGAACUAUUCAGAUCCUUGCAGAUGCUUUGCCCAAGAUUGUACCUUACGUUUUGAUCAACCAUCGGGAGGAGCUUCUUCCCCUCAUGAUGUGCGCAAUUGAGCGCCAUCCAGAUAGCGGGACACGAGACUCCUUGACUCAUACGUUGUUUAACUUGAUUAAACGCCCAGAUGAACAGCAGAGGCAAAUCAUAAUGGAUGCAUGUGUUAACCUUGCUAGAAAUGUAGGAGAGAUGAGAACAGAAACAGAAUUGCUGCCCCAAUGUUGGGAACAAAUAAAUCACAUGUAUGAGGAGCGUAGGCUACUUGUUGCUCAAUCCUGUGGAGAGCUUGCAGAAUUUGUCCGACCGGAGAUACGUGAUUCUCUUAUUUUAUCUAUUGUGCAGCAACUGAUAGAAGAUUCUGCAACUGUUGUUCGAGAGGCUGCUGCUCAUAAUCUGGCUUUGUUGCUUCCGCUCUUUCCAAACACGGACAAAUAUUUCAAGGUCAGCCUCACUAAAUAUGCUUCGAGGCAAUCAUGGAGAUGUCUUGCUAGGGGCCAUGUCGAAUGGCCUGGAUUCGAGUGGAUGCAUGUCGACUGCCUUCCUGAUUUGAUACAGCUAUCGUGCUUGUUACCUCAGAAAGAAGAUAAUUUAAGGAAUCGAACAACAAAGUUCUUAUUGGCUGUAUCUGAGCAUUUUGGAGAUUCCUAUCUGACACACAUAAUGCUACCAGUAUUCUUGGUAGCAGUUGGCGAUGAUGCUGAUAUGACGUUCUUACCAAAUACAGUUCAUCCAAGAAUAAAAGGCUUGAGACCAAGAACUGCUGUCAGUGAGAGACUCGCUACUAUGUGUGUCCUACCCCUUCUCUUAGCAGGUGUCCUUGGCACGCCCAGUAAGCGUGAACAGUUAACAAACUACUUGAGAAAACUAUUAGUUGAAGGCAAUGGAAAGGAUAAUCAGGCUUCCAAACACAGUACAGAGAUUGCUGAUGCAGUCCGUUUCCUUUGCACAUUUGAAGUACAUCAUAGUAUGAUAUUCAAUAUUUUGUGGGAAAUGGUUGUUAGCUCAAACAUGGAAUUGAAAAUCAACGCAGCCAAUUUGUUCAAAGUUAUUGUGCCAUACAUUGACGCAAAAAUUGCUUCUACCCAUGUUUUGCCUGCUCUUGUUACCCUUGGCUCUGACCAAAACCUGAAUGUAAAGUAUGCAAGCAUAGAUGCAUUUGGACCGGUGGCUCAACACUUUAAAAAUGAAAUGAUUGUUGAUAAAAUACGUGUUCAAAUGGAUGCUUUCCUUGAAGAUGGAUCUCAUGAAGCUACUGUUGCCGUGGUCCGAGCAUUGUUAGUAGCUAUUCCACAUACGACAGAGAAACUUAGGGAUUAUCUUUUGUCCAAGAUUUUCCAACUUUCAGCAAGUCCUAGUUCUGCAAGUGAUGUGAUGCGGAGGCGCGAGAGAGCUAAUGCAUUCUGUGAAGCAAUUCGUGCUCUUGACGCUACAGAUCUUUCUCCAACUAGCAUCCGGGAAUUCCUUCUUCCUGCCAUACAAAACCUUUUGAAAGACCCCGAUGCGGUGGACCCCGCUCACAAGGAAGCCUUAGAAAUAAUAACAAAGGAAAGAUCCGGCGGAACUUUUGAGGCUAUCAGUAAGGCGAUGGGAGCUCAUCUCGGGCUUGCAUCAUCAGUGACCAGUCUCUUCGGCGAAGGCGGACUUCUAGGGAAGAAAGAAAGUGCAGAGUCGACAGUGGAGCCAGCUGAAACCCCAGAGAUGGUUCCCCUACCUCCACCCGCUGAAGACACUAGAUUCAGGCGUAUCAUGAGGGGAAACUUUACUGACAUGCUCAGGGGUAAGGACUCGAGAUGAAAACACAACAUAACUUGUUUUCUAUGGAGUAAAGACAUUGGAUAAUGCUUUCUAGCAUCCCAUUUAUGAAAUUGCUGAGCCCGAUCCAAGAUUUUUUUUCAUUUUUUUUUUUACAUAAUUCUUUUUUUUUUCCCCAAGCGCUUCAUGUAACAGGAAAAAUAAGAAACAAAAGAAAUGGCGGCAUUGCUGCUCUGUUGUUGAUUUAUAGUUAGUGGCUGCAAGUGAAUCGUCUCCAUGGUUCUUUGCUGAAA